AUGGUUGGUUGGAACCCCAAGGGGGAAUAUCGCGUCCAGCGAGGUGCCUCUUUGACAAACAGCUCUACAGGACCCUCCUCUACAGCAUCAGGGUCUUCAGGAACGUCGGCUGAAUUCUAUCAAUUCAAAUACAACUUUCAACCAGAGUCUGUGGAUAAGUCAAGGCCAGGAGGACUUGUUGGAAAUGGCGAGACGUUUGAACUAGAGUUUUCAGGAAACGGAGGGUCGUCGUCGAACAUCGAUCAAGGCCAUAACCACAGCGUGCUCAACGGAGGAGGAAAUGCUGCAGGAGGAGAGACGUAUUCGUGGUCUUCGACAGAACGACAGGGGCGACUCGUUGACUGCCUGUUGAUUUUUGAUGAAGAGACACAGACGUUCACAUUGGAAAGGCAACACUCGGCAUUCACGUUCAUUCAGAACAGGAGGAACAAAGAGUCCAAGGCACAGGUGCUACAUUUGCCCAACAGCAAUCACGAUCCGCAUGCAACGGCGUCAUCCCCAGCAUCGAGCUCUGUAACCAGCACGCCCAUCUUGCCAAGUCGACAGGGCAAUGGCAGGAUAGAGGGAAGAAGUAUGGCUCCUGCAUCUGGGCCGAGUGCUGCAGCAUCUGCACCGUCAUUAUUGACACCCGCCUCCAACGCUGGAGCUCAGAGGAACGGACAUGUGAACAAUGGAGGCGAUGCAGUAGGAGCCAUGCAGGACCAGGAAGACGAUGGGUUUAACGACGACGACUUGUUGAUGGAAAUGGAAAAUGCGAUCAAUAACGUUGGAGAUAUACAAGGUGACGAUGGCGAUGAUGAGGAUGAUGAUGAUGAGGAGAUGGAGGAAGUGUUGACACCCGUGAUCCUUCCUGCAGCCAUGCCUCCUGUACCAACCACCCUUGCGCCGGCACCGUAUUCAUCUUCAGCGCCGGGCGGGAGAGGAGUCAACAGUAGCAAGCAGGCAAAAAAGCCCAUUGUGGACAUGCCCAAGACACCAGCAGAGCGGGCGGCAGCGUUUGCUAAGCCAGGAGGAGGGGAUGGAGGCCCCCAUAGGACCACACCACCUACCAACACUAGUGGCAAAACGUCUCGACCACGCAAGGCAUCAUCUUCUGGGAGCGAAUCGGACUCGGGAUCUUCGUCAUCUGGAUCUGGGUCUGGGUCGAGCUCUGGAAGCUCUUCGGGCAGUUCAAGUUCUGGAUCAGGAUCGGAUUCAGGGUCAGGAUCGGAUUCAGGGUCGGAUUCGGACUCUGGUAACGACUCGCGAAAGCGAGCCAAAAGAUCACUGCCUGCUCCCGGAGGUGGUGUUGCGCAUCAUCCAGGACCGAUCGGAUUGGGUCUGUCAACACCGGUGGGUGAACCAGGAUUCGGUGGUGGAGGAGGAGGUGGUGGUGGCCACAUGACAAGUUCUGUCAACAAUACACCAAAGUUGCCUGGUGUAUCAAGGAUAUCCAAACCGGGAGGAGGAUCGUCGUCAGUUGGGGCCACUCCCAAGUCGGGACUGGUCUUGCCAACGCUUGUGUCCCCCCAAGAGCGGCUAUUGAAGCAACAGCAAUUACAAGAGCAGCAAAAACAGGCAGCGGUGGCAGCGUCAAGGCAGCGUCAACCGUCGUCUCCUGGAGGAGAUAUGGAAGCGCAGAGUGAGGACGAUGAAUUGGUUGACUUUUUAGAAGGCCAGAUGAUGGAGGUGGACCCAUCCUCUUCCGCGGUAAAGCCGAAAGGCCCGAUAUCGUUGAAUGCGUUUACAGAGACGGUGGCAGGCGGUAGAGUUGACCAUGAUGACGAAGGAGACAUCACCAGUAGUGACGAUGACGAUUGA